CCCCGGAUGAGGAGCUCACUCGAUUUCUCUCCCUGACCGUUUUAUUUACCCGCUUGUACAGAAGAGAAGGCAGGGAGUGGUCGGAAGGCUGAGCUAAGAACAGGACAGACCGUAUUCACUCAAAACAAGGUGAUGGCGGUGGCGGUCUCCAGUGAUCUGACAGUGCAUGUGUUGGAGGAUGCGAAUGUUGUCAAGCUGAUUGACAGACAGCAGGCUCUGCGUGGGGCCAUCCAGAGGGGAGAGCCCAAAUGUCUGGGGGUGAGUCAGUUGAUGCUGGGGCUGAUGGUCAUAUCCUACUCCAUUCCUCUGCACUUCACUGUCAGAACUGAAGUGGUCAACUUCGGAGUUCCUUGGUGGAGUGGCUUAACGUUCAUCACAGCGGGAGUGGUGGCUAUCGUCUUGGACAAACACUGCACCAUGAAGAUCUACCGGGUGAGUCUGGUGGCGAGCGGCGCGUCCACGCUGCUGUCGGUGGUGGCCGUGAUCAUCUACUCCGUGGACAUAAACGGGAAUCUGGAGUCGCCCUGCCUCAGGAUGCCACAUGGCAGCUGCGGCGAGGAGCACUACGCCAAGACGCUGAGCAGAGGGGUGAAGUCGUCCCUCCUCCUCUUCACGCUGGCCCAGACCGCCAUCUCUGCUGUUCUCUGCUUCCUUCUCUUCAGGCAGAGACACAGCUUCGGACAGUACGCUUACUUCACUGAAGCUGCUGCAUCGACCCCCACGUCAAUCACACCCCCCGACCUGAACUGAUCAACCCCUGGACCGCGAGCCUUUGAGGGGCUGGAUCACCUCCCAUCGAGACCUCUUCCCCAAAGGACACUGAUCCCCUGUUGUAUGUGUAUUGAUGUUGUCUUCCCACUUGUAUGGCUUAUCCACAACGCCACCUGAAAUGCCACCAGCUGAGGAGUAUUUGCUUUCUUCGUGUGCUUAUGAAUGUCCGCCAGGAGACGAUUAUUAGAUUAUUUGUACACUUACUAACAGAGUUGUAGUCAAAUGAAUUGUAAUGGAAGUAAUAAUACCUCUAAAACACUUGCGUAGUGGUUCAAAUAUGACACAUUUACAAACGCUUUAAAGGAUGGAACAAUGUAUUUCUGACACGUGAACCGACAAGAGAGAGAGUUUCCCACCUUGCGGUAAAGCCGUCACAGGACGUCAGUACGGCCGUGCGAUGUGAAAAUGGAUCCUGACAAUGGUAGAAAACCUUCGGGGGCGGUAAAGGAUGCGAAGCGCAGCCAAGUGUGCAGGAAGUAGAGGACGUUUCUGUGGCCACGGGGGUCACUCGGCGCCCGGGUCGAUUGCAUGUCUGUCCUCCUUCCUUGUAGCUCACCUGUGUCGCCACGUGAGCGGUAGGUACAUUAAACGCUGACCGAAGUGAUUUCAGCUUACACACCUGAAUUGUUCAAAAGGUCCGAUUCAGGAGUAUUUAACCUUUUCAGGAGGUGUUUCUGGUGUGAAGGUCACAUGAGAGCCGGGCCAGAGCUUCUCUGCUACAUAGCGUGUGAUGCUACCUCACAUAGACUGUAGGAAACCUGCCUCUUUGGAGGGAAUAUACAGUGUUUACCAUCAAGCCAGCGAGCUCAAUAAACAGCCGACGUACAUUGGAUAUAGCGCCAUUCAAUUGGAGAGAGAAAAAAGAAAAAAAGCAAUCCCUAGGUUCGCUUUCUAACUUUUCUUUUUUAGUUUAUGGUGUUUGUUCAGGUUGACAUGGAAGCUCAGUAGUUUAGCUCAAUUAGCUCAAUCCCCUGAUGAGGACUGCGAGAUAAGAUUGAACCUGAAAUAGGGAGGAAGUGGACUUUUGAGAUGGGGUUUUUCCCAUCGUCAAGAAUUAAUGUUCACACUUGGCAAUGUUAGUAUGCUGGAUAAACCAAAUACAGGGUCCAGACCUCCAUCCGGUCCGGAAUCUGUGGAAUUUUUUUUAAUAAACACUUUGCAUGCGAGGAAGCAAACAACUCUUUGCCGGUGAGGAAGAGACCUCAUUGCAUUUGAGGAGGUCACCUGACUUCACGCUUCACCAGCGAGGCUGCUCGGUGUCCCAGCUGUUGGAACAGAUGUGUGUAUUUUACAUAGUAUACAUGAUCAUAAGGACUGAUUUUAUUUUUCUAGAUUGUUAACAGUGUUAAAAAAUGCAUAUUCCCUAAUUUUGUACUAACUCAUUGAUAUAUUUUUGUUAAUUGUACACAAA